AGCGAACGCAGCAAAAUGAGCGGCGAGGGCGACUACAACUUCAGACGGGUGGCGAUCCGGCGUAAGUCCAACCCCUCCUACCUGCCGCCUGGGACCCCCCGGCCGUGGAGUCGGCCCUCGUCGCACCUGGAAUGGGUCGAGACGGCCACGUUCAGGGGCCAGGCCCCCGCAGACGCCCCAGGCAGCAGUACCUGUCCAAAGAUCACUAUAGUUUCACCUUGCUUGACGAGCAGCACAACCACACUGAUUGAUCAGAAUGUAUCUGAUGAAGAGGCUCAGGGAAUAAAUGGGAAAACUCCAGCAAAACACUCAGCUGCAAGUCCAAAGCCACAAGUGCCUCCAAAGCCACUACACCUGCAGAAUUCACCUUCGUCCAAUAUACACCAAACCCCCAGGCAUAAAGCUUUAUCUAGUGCAAAACCAAGGAUGGAGGAAGUUAAACCUGCCUCUGCUUCUUGUGUCUCAAAAGAAAAACCCAGUAAGAUAUCAGAUCUCAUCAGUCGCUUUGAAGGAGGCAGCUCAUUAUCAAAUUACAGUGAUUUGAAAAAAGAUUCUGCUGUGAACCUAAAUGCGCCUAGAACCCCAGGAAGGCAUGGAUUGACAACCACACCUCAGCAAAAACUCCUCUCCCAACACUCACCACAGAAGCAGGGAAAUGAUACAGGUCAAUCUCAGGGUGCACAGACUUGUGUGGCUAACGGUAUGGUAGCAGCACAAAACCAGAUGGAAUGUGAGGAGGAUAAAGCGGCCACUCUUAGCCCAGAUACUCCUAUUCAAACUUCUGAACCCUUGCCCGAUACAAACUUAGUGAAUGGAGAAAGACAGGAAACAGCCACAGACCCUGCAUCCCCCCCAACAGAUGACUGUGAUGAAAAUGCUUCUGACAGUAGCUGCAGGACUUUACGUGUCGGCCCAGUGCUCCCCCUGGAAGAAGGAAGAGCAGACACAGAAGCCAAGGUACAAGAGAGGGAAGAUGGAGAAAGUCCCCUAGAACUGGAACAGCUGGACCAGCACCAAGAGGUGAAGGAGACUAAUGAGCAAAAACUUCACAAAAUAGCCAAUGAACUUUUGCUUACAGAAAGAGCUUACGUCAGCCGACUUGACCUCUUAGAUCAGGUAUUUUAUUGCAAACUACUGGAAGAAGCAAAUCGAGGCUCAUUUCCAGCAGAGAUGGUGAAUAAAAUCUUUUCUAAUAUUUCAUCAAUAAAUGCCUUCCAUAGUAAAUUCCUAUUGCCAGAGCUGGAGAAAAGAAUGCAAGAAUGGGAAACUACCCCUAGAAUUGGUGACAUCCUUCAGAAAUUGGCCCCAUUCCUUAAGAUGUAUGGAGAAUAUGUGAAGGGAUUUGAUAACGCAAUGGAAUUGGUUAAAAACAUGACAGAGCGUAUUCCCCAGUUCAAAUCAAUAAUUGAAGAAAUUCAGAAACAGAAGAUCUGUGGGAGCUUGACUUUGCAGCAUCACAUGCUAGAACCUGUUCAGCGGAUUCCCCGGUAUGAGAUGCUCCUUAAGGACUACCUAAGGAAAUUGCCCCCUGGUUCUCCGGACUGGAAUGAUGCUAAAAAGUCACUUGAAAUUAUAUCUACAGCAGCAAGUCAUUCUAAUAGUGCAAUAAGAAAAAUGGAGAACCUAAAGAAACUCUUAGAGAUUUAUGAAAUGUUGGGAGAAGAAGAAGACAUUGUAAAUCCUUCAAAUGAGCUAAUAAAAGAAGGACAGAUCCUCAAACUAGCUGCUCGGAACACAUCGGCACAAGAACGCUACCUUUUCUUAUUCAACAACAUGUUGCUGUACUGUGUGCCAAGAUUCAGCUUGGUGGGCUCUAAAUUCACAGUUCGAACCAGGGUUGGCAUUGAUGGAAUGAAAAUUGUAGAGACUCACAAUGAGGAAUAUCCACACACUUUCCAGGUAUCCGGGAAAGAGAGAACACUGGAACUGCAAGCCAGUUCUGAGCAAGACAAAGAAGAAUGGAUCAAGGCACUUCAAGAGACUAUUGAUGCUUUCCAUCAGAGGCAUGAAACCUUCAGAAAUGCAAUUGCCAAGGAUAAUGACAUUCACUCAGAGGUUUCUACUGCUGAGCUAGGAAAAAGAGCCCCAAGAUGGAUCCGAGAUAAUGAAGUUACAAUGUGUAUGAAAUGCAAGGAGCCUUUUAAUGCCCUGACAAGGAGAAGGCAUCAUUGUCGAGCAUGUGGACAUGUGGUUUGUUGGAAGUGUUCUGAUUAUAAAGCUCAACUUGAGUAUGAUGGUGGUAAAUUGAGCAAAGUUUGUAAAGACUGUUAUCAGAUAAUAAGUGGAUUCACAGACAGUGAAGAAAAGAAAAGAAAAGGAAUUUUAGAGAUUGAAUCUGCAGAAGUAUCUGGAAACAGCGUGGUGUGCAGUUUUCUUCAAUAUAUGGAAAAGUCAAAACCUUGGCAGAAAGCUUGGUGUGUGAUCCCCAAACAAGACCCUCUUGUGCUGUACAUGUAUGGUGCCCCCCAGGAUGUCAGAGCCCAGGCCACCAUUCCACUCCUGGGCUACAUUGUGGAUGAUAUGCCGAGGAGUGCAGACCUGCCACACAGUUUCAAACUGACCCAGUCCAAGUCUGUGCACAGCUUUGCUGCAGACAGUGAGGAACUGAAACAGAAGUGGCUGAAAAUCAUCCUUUUAGCUGUCACAGGUGAGACGCCAGAUGGUCCUAGUAAGCAUCCAGCCACUUUGGACGAUCAUCCUGAACCUAAGAGAAAAUCAGAAUGCUGAGUUCCAGGGCCUACUGCGGUAUGGAGGGGGGUCUCAAGAUUUACAGCUCAAGACAUUCUCAGCUCUCUUUAUUCAUCUCUUAGCACUUUAUGUUGAAAAAUACAGGCUCAUAAAUGCAUCUUUGGGGGGACUAUUUUCCUAUGUUUAUGUACUCUUACUGAAAUUAAUGUGUAGAGCCAUUCUACCCAUAAAGUUUGAAAUAAUGUGAAAAAUGGAGCAUUUUUUAAUGAGCUAUUCCUUGAAUAUGUACUUUUGUCUUGGAAAGAACUGGUAUCAAUUCUAUCACUUCAGGUUAGAAAAGGCUACUUUCAUUUAAGAAAUCCUUUAAUGUCUUCACUUACACAUGUAGGAUUUAUAACAGUUUGAAAGAUAUACCUCCAUGUUGCCAA